GUUAGGUUUGUCACGGCGGAAGUGCGGCGAUAGUGAGACGUGAAGCCUCCCCGGGUUGUUGAUGAAACAAUAUUCGUGGGCCGUGGUCUGCGGGUCGGUCGGCGGCCGUCGUAGCCACUUAUUUAUUCCGCAGUCGCCUGCCGCCGCGGCCUGUACGCUGCCCGCCACCACCAAUCUGCCUAGUACCGUUUUAUUGGAAACAUGGUCGUAUUCUAGAGUGACGGUUGACUUGUGAUACAUUGGUUUAAACAUUUUAUUUCAAGUUUUAAAAAAUGGCAGUGAUAUUUAUAAAAUUCUUUGAUGCGGUGCCAGCGCGUUUCAAUUUGUGGGUGAUGCUGUUCACCAGCUGCUGGGUGGUGUACAUGCUCCGAGUGAAUAUGAGUCUUAAUCUAAUCGCCAUGGUACCACAAACACAUUCAAAUACCUCCGCAACACGAUCCCAGUGUGGCCCGAAAAAUGAUGUGUUUUCAAAUGAAACACUUCAACGAGUCGACGGUGUUGAUGUCCACGCUGCCCAUGUAAAGGAAAUCCCAGGAGGCGCGUCCUUUAACUGGUCAGCCGAGCAGCAGGCGUUGAUCCUCGGAUCAUAUUUCUGGUGUUACCCAGUGACGUCACUGAUUGGAGGCAUGGCCGCCGAGCGCUGGGGCCCGCGCUACGUCGUCCUCGUGUCUUCCCUCGCCAGUGCAGUAUUGACAGCCCUCAGCCCAUUCGCUGCAAACUUGAGCUAUAUAGCUUUGGUUGUUAUAAGGUUCUUUUUAGGCUGUGCUGGGGGUUUUAUAUAUCCUGCACUUCACGCGUUGGUGGCUCGCUGGGCCCCGCCGGCGGAAAAAGGCAAGUUCGUAAGCGCUAUGAUGGGAGGCACUUUGGGGACCGUUCUCACAUGGUCACUCACCGGACCUCUAAUGGAAAAGUUCGGAUGGGCAUCAGCUUUCUACGUACCAGCUGCCUUGACUCUGGUUUGGUGUUUCUUCUGGUGGUACCUCGUGGCUGACACACCCUCAGAACAUCCUAGGAUAACAGAAGCAGAAAAGAACUACAUAUUAGACGCAUUAGGCGACAAGGUCAAGAAAUCAAAGGGAUUGCCACCAUUCAAGAGUAUUGUAACAUCAUUACCGUUCUUGGCUAUGACUAUUCUUCAUUACGGGAACUUGUGGGGCUUAUACUUUAUAAUGACGGUGGGACCAAAGUUUGUUUCAAGCGUCUUAGGAUUUGAGCUAUCAGCUGCAGGAGUAAUAUCUGCCCUUCCAUACCUUGCAAGAUUAUUCCUUGCGACAAUAUUCGGAGUCGUUGGAGACUUUAUAUUGGCAAGGAAAUUAAUGUCGACGACAGCCAUAAGGAAAUUCUUUUGCUUAUUUUCUCAUAUCUUGCCUGGGGUCCUGUUAGUGUUACUUGUCUACGCUGGAUGUUCUACGGCGCUAUCCGUGUCUCUGAUUACAAUGUCAAUGGGAUUCAAUGGCGCCGCAACACUGACUAACCUACAAAAUCAUCAAGAUUUGGCCCCGAACUACGCGGGAACCUUGUAUGGAAUCGCUAAUUGUGUUGGCAGUACCGCUGGAUUUUUCACGCCCAUGAUAACCGCAUAUUUUACGAGCUCAGGGAAUAGUUUCGAGAGCUGGCGUCCAGUUUUCUUUGUGGGAGCAUCAGUUUACAUCAUAUCAGCACUAUUCUUCAUAUUCUUUGGAACUGGAAACAUUCAACCAUGGAACUUCGCCCCUGAAGAUAAGGGUAAAGAUGAUAAGUCAAAUGGAGAUCUCAAAGAAAUGAACGGUUCGCCACCCAAAAAUAGUGAAACGAAAGAGAUAAAAGAAACCACUCUUAAUGUGUCCAAGUAAUAUAAAAUGGGUCUUAGCGAGCGCGACUGGGAAUAUAACUUUCAUCUUAGUUCCGAUCGUCGACAUCAUAUCGAUGUAAAAGAUGUACUGCAAAUAUGUGAUAAAGAAAUAGAUACUAGGAUAUAGACAGAUUUUUUGCUACCACCUAUAUAAAAUUACACAAAUGACGGAAUUGUAUAAAUAAGUGAUUACUGAAGCUGUAAGAGUUCUAUUAUAGAGGUGUUGCUGUACAAAUGAAGUGUUUGCAAUGGUCGUUCCAUUGUGAAAAUCUUGGUUCUUGACAUUUUUAAUAUAAUCGAAAGAUAUGGUUCUUAGAAUUAUAAACUUAAUAGUUGCUAUAUCCAGGGUAUCUCUGCAAUGUGCAUUUAUUUAGAUUGGACCUAAGAUACUACCUUGUGGGACGCUUCUAUAAUAGGAGCUCUGAUGUUGACAUGAAUGUAUAUAUUUUAUUAUAAUCUAAUGUUACUUGAAACUGACAAUAAUAUUACCAUUUUGAGCAGUUUAUUAAUGUAUUAUUUAUUUUAUGUACUUGCAUUUAUGUGUAGCUAAUUAGUAUUAAUUGUGAAAAUUAUAUUAUGACGUAAAUCUUAAAAUAAUGUAAAUGCAUUGCAAUUGCUGUGAUCUUUAUUGAAUUUAUUGAAAAUGUAUCUAAUGUUAAUGAUAAUUUAUAUUCAUAUGGUAGAUUGGAGGAAUCCCCAGUGGUAUAACAUUUAUUUAUAGUUGAUUAGUACUAUAUAGACUGCUAUAGCCUCGCACUGUUUCACCGUGUAGGUUCUGGAAAUGUGUAGUAGAUAUUUUAUGAGCUGAGAGCUCCUUGAUCUUGCCUUCUGUGGGACGACGAACUUAUUUAUCUAAAGAAUUAAGAUUAUUAAGAAUGUAUACAUGUAUUUAUCAGACAUGAAGUGCAGACCAUGUAUAUUAACCAAAUAGAUUUGAUACUAUUUUCAUGUAAUUUUUGUAAGAUUUAUUUUAAAAAAUGACGAAAUUAUUUCUUGUUCAAGUUGGACUGUUUGUUUCUGAAAUAUUUUUGGAAUUAUGUCAUAGUAAGGUUUUUAGGGUAACAAGUCAUGACAGCUGUGUACUCAAAGAUAUUUCAAAUGGGUAACAUAAAUAAAUAACGUUAAAGGAUUUUAUUUAUAAAUGUGAAACAUAAUAUCCCUAUUUGCGUGUGAUUUUUAUUUCUAUUUAUGUUGAGAUUUUCGUAUCUACCUUUAUUUUUAACCCUGAGGUACUCAAGUUGUGGAUCUUAAAUUUUAAUUGACGUGAAUUGAAUUUGGUUUAUUAAAAACACCAUCAAUUAUUAUGGAAUAAACGUCGAUUGUGA